AUGUCAACAUGGCAGCAAGGGGGAAACCGCGGAUGGCUCCUGAUGGUCGCCCUGGCUCUGCUGUCGAGAAUGGCUUCAUGCGGCUCUCUGGACUGGUCGAGGUCCGAGAGAUGGGUGGGAGGUCGCUCGACCAGGGACGAAGGCCACGAUGGUGACGCAAGUGGCGCGCUCCCGGGCGGAAGGACGAUUCUGGCCCACGCUGGAGACUGGCGGAAAAGCGGCAAAUGUCUUGAUGGCCUCCCCAUUAAUUACAUCUGCAACUGUGCACUGGUGGAUGCCCCCACAAUGGUGGACAUUCUGCAGACAUUCGAGACAGAUCACGUGACUUGCAAGCCCACAUGCUUGCGAUCUCUUCCGCAUGUGUGCUAUUUGCAUGGUUGCAUCCUUGAACAAGAGUAUGAAGUGGUCUGUGUUCAGAAUGGAUGUGGCAUCAGAAUAGAUCACGCACUGAUGACCACAGUGCAGUCAGGGCAGUGUGAGUUGGUUGAGGCUUUCAAGCUGUGGGAUUGUGGGCCAGUCGCAAUAGAUAUACCUACCCACCACUUCAUUUCUACAGGGCAGUGUCUGACUGUGUGCAAGGGGCAGGAGCUGACAUGCAGAAUCCCCACGCACUUGUUUGCGCCAGUUUCUUCAUUCUUUCCACACCACAGUCAGGUUGUCAACGGGACCCAACCUUCAGGUGCCCCCCCACCAAGUCCUGCAGUCCCUUUGCCAGUCCCAGCACCAAGGCCAAAGGCAACAGCCCGGCCUAAGUCUCCAUCUGGAACCACUUUGGGUGUCACAACUUCGCCGGAUAGCAGUGGUACAGUGCCAUCUGGAGGCAAAAUUCCCAAGAAGAUGACACCAGGGAAGAAUCAGUUUGGGGGAGACAAUCCUGUGCCAUCAUCUGGAGUGCGUCAGAGUGGGGAUGGUACAGGAACGCCUGUUGAUAAGUCGCCCAACAUGGGUGGACUGAAGAAGAGCCAACCCGACAGCGGUGUUCCUGUAUCAUGGCCAGGCUCAUCACAAGGUAGCAGUGAUGCAAUGCCAACUGCUGGUAGUACUGCCAAGAAGCUGAAGCCAGGGAAGCAACCACCAGGGGACAGCUCAAAUGUGUCUUCAACUGGCUUGUCAGUGAGUGGGGAAGGCAUGGGUCCACCUGGUGGCAAGCCCAACAAGACUGGACCAAAGAAGGGCCAAUUUGGCAGCGGCAUCCCUGUGUCUUCACCAGACCUAUUUUCUCCAUCGCAAACUGCAAAUGGCUCUGCUCCAUCCAGUGGAAAUCCUCCCAAGACAAGAAGACCAGGGAAAAAGCAGUCUGGCAGUGGUGCCCUGCUGUCACCACCUGGUGAUUCUCAAAAUGGGGAAGGCACACACCCAUCUGAUUCAAGCUCGAGGAUGGGCCAACCUGGCAAUGGCAUCACUGUGUCGCUGCCUGGCCCAGGUGAGAAUGGCACAGUGAUGAGCGGUGGCACUGCUCCCAAGAUGCCUAAACAAGCAAAGAAUCCCCCUGGCAGAAUUCCUGUACGCGCACCUGCAGUCCAGAAUGGGAACAGCACAAGUUCACUUGGCAACAAGGAGCCAAACAAGGGUGGGCCAAUAAAGAACAGACCUGGCAGUGAAGGAUCGAAUACAGAGAUGCCACUGGGAGCUUCUGGCACUGCUGAUGCACCUGAUGUGACUGGUUUAUCUGCUACCAUCAGCGGCCAAGGGGCCCCACAGGCAGAUGGGGAUGUGACAGCACCAAGUGUCGCACCUGGCAGUGGUAGUCCUAGGUCUCCUGGAGGAUCCAAGGGCACUUCCGGGACAGCAGAUUCUGAAGAGGCUGGAAUACUUGAUGAUCCCAGGAAUUUCAACACGUCGGUACAGGCUACUGGACCGUCAGCAUCCCCCAGCUCAACAAUAGGCGGAAAGUUGAAGAAAGGCAAGGAGAGAGACACAACCAUGACUCCUGACACUGCAGAUGACGUUGGUGCCCAAGGUCCUGCAUUUGAUACAAGUAAUACAGGUGGAAAUGCAAACAACAAAGCCGAUGCAACAGGUCCAGCAGACGACAUGAAAGCACUGGCCCCAGUGCAGGGAACUGGAACUGUGAGAUCACCAGGCGUGUUGUCAGGGGAUGCAAUGGGUGCACAAGGCAUGACACCUGGAAACAAGAUAGAUGAAGUGCUGGCCCCGGUGCCAGCACCCAUGCCAUCAAUGACACCAGCCCUGGUGCCAUCACGUGCACCAGCUCUGGUGCCAACACCUGCACCUGUGACAGCCCCAGAAACAGCACUGGUACCAGAACCAGCACCAACACCAAUGAUGGGUCUGGUGCCAACUGGGCAAGUUGCUGCACCCAUAAGUGCACCAACGCGGCGUAAGGCAGACUUGGUGGCUCAGUCCCCUGAGGGCCAUGCAGUCUACAUUGGACCUUGGAGGGAGUGCAGUAGCCUGUGCUCAGAUGAGGUGGCCAGUGUCAAGGAGCGUGGAAAAUUCUGUGUCAGUAGAGCCGGCACCCCUGCCCCACGGGAGCGCUGUGCAGAUCUGGAUGUGGAUAGCAUCACCACUUUGGAGGAGUGUGAUGUCGCCACGUGCAGCAGUCUGCCAGCAUAUUAUGACCUGGGGCUGUGGGGCCCAUGCAACAUGUCUUGUGGCAGUGGCAUGCGAAGCAGAACUGCAGUGUGCACGAAUGCAGCCGGCGACACCCUCAAUAAUGCUACCUGUGGCAUCAUAAACCAAAAUCUUGUGGAGAAAGAAUGCAACACCAUGCGCUGUGAGGUUCUCUACUAUCAGGUGGAAGAUUGGGGCAUGUGUUCCAAGGAUUGUGGUGGUGGCAACCGGACAAGAGCUGUAGAGUGCUUCCUUGCAACUGUGGUUCCCAACAUGGCUGAUGACUCCACUGACAGCUGUCAAGGCCGGGGUCUUUCAAGACCAGCCCACACUGAGUUCUGCAACACCUUUCCAUGCACUGUAGCUUCCAGCAAGAGGAAGCUAAUGCAAGAAGAUGGACGAACAGAAAGUUGCAGUGGCAGGACAUGUUCAGGCCGCGGGGCAUGUGUUGAAGGCGACUGCAUCUGUCAAGAUGGCUACACUGGAAAGAAUUGUGAAAAGGAUAGUGCUGGUCUGCUGUCAUGCCCAGAAGGCAGCAUACCAGACUCAUCAGGACUUUGCUGUGGCACUGGUCAGGAGCUGGAUGGAGAGGGCAAAUGUUGCAAUUCCACAGUUGAUGCUUGUGGAAUCUGUGGUGGAGAUGGGCGGUUUAUAGAUUUAUCUGGGAUGUGCUGUUCGGCCUUCCUGGAUGGAAGUGGCCUGUGUUGUGCAAGUGGUGACAUGGAUGAAUGUGGGGUGUGCGAUGGGGAUGGCUCAUCGUGCCUUACAAGAAUAAUGGUGAAUGUCCAAGUCUCAGAUCCCAACAUCACUGAUUUUGACCUCCAGAACUGUUUGGAUGAAAGGAUAAGUGAGGCGCUGCCUGUGGACAAUGAGGAAUUUGCUCCAGAGCUCCUGUCUCGAGCAGGUGAAGCCACAGACCUUUUGUUGGUGCUGGAGACACCUGGAUUGCCCCUCACGGUUGCAGAACUGAAGCAGGUGUUAGGAGGCAGCAACGUCAGUGCACUGAGGGCGUUGCUCCAGCAGAACCAUGCUUGUGAGAUUAUGGGGGUGUCAAGUGUCACAAAGCUCCCAUUAUGCGGGAACGACAUAUGUGAGUUUGGAGAGAUGCCAGGGGCACUCGACUUCCCUGCUCCAAACGAUCUGGAGUGCCAAGAGGACUGCGCAUUCAAGUUUGCAGAGUGCCCUGCACUUGUGACUUCUUCUGCCGGAGCGCCGCAUUAUUGCUCUGGUCAUGGGAGAUGUUUGUUUACAAGUGGUGGUGUUUGCGACUGCUUUUCUGGAUAUAUCGGCGAUGGCUGUGACGAGUGUGAUGCUGGGUUCUUGCCAGCCAAUGGCAGGUGUUUGCCAGCAGCCACAGAGCUGCCAGGUUCAGUAAGGGAAGCUUCUGGCAUAAACACCGACUCUCCACAGGGCGGCAGUGCUCUUGCAGUUCCUCUGAGCAUUGCAGCUGGUGUCUUCCUGUGUUUGCUGGUAGCAGUGAUACUGAUAAAGCGGAGGAGAAAUCAGAACGCAGAUGUGAUGACAACGAUGACGAGCACCACUGGUGGUGGCGGCAGGGGCUCACAUAAGGUUCUAGACAGCGACUUGGGGGCAUUCAAACGGGGAUGCCCAGAAGAUGGUGGCCAUGCCAAGUCUUUGUCAGAAAUCUGGAAGUCCUUCAUAUCCACAAUUUCAAUUGGCACACCCAAGCGAGCUUCUCAUGAAGUCACUACAAGUGACUACAGUCGAGAUUUUGCCCCUGUUGCUGGCCCUUCCCAGAGAUCCAUGCCAUCAGGGCAGUAUAUGGCCAGUGGGGGGGCCUCCAGUGGGGAUGGACAAUACGUUGAUGGUUUAGAUGUGAGCUCCCUCGUGGGUUCACCCCCAAUGACUAGUUCACUGGGAGAUACUGCACCUGAAAUCAGGAACUUUCCUACUGAUUUUUUGGGCGAAGGAGGAGGCUCCCCGGCCAGCAGCUCAUCCAGCCAAAAGGUCAACAUCAUUCCUGUGGUAGCAGGGGCAGACAGGAUCAACUCCAGCAAUUCACUUGGCACUUCCCAGGGCCCCAGUGAUGGGGAUGUGCCGAGCACAGGCGAAGCAGAGACGACUAGCUAUCCAAUUAAGAUCAUUGGCCAUCGAUCGCCACUAGGGUUUGAAUACAAGAACUCAGCUAGCAUGUCAACAGUGCAUUUCGAUGCCUCUCCAGUUGAUGUGAGUGACAACUCCAGUCGUUCGGACACACCAGAGAAGCCUGGCAGCUUCCCUGUGGGGCUGAGCAAAGAAGUGGACAGUUCUGCAAGCAUCCCCCCUGAAGAGCAGCUGUCCGAUGGACAGCGAAUCCACAGGAGUGACCUCUCGAGCCGGUCUGUCACUUCAUCAGACGUGGCAGGGAACUACCCUGCAUGGCUCAGGGAGGCUGGAGAUUAUCUCAGUCUACCCACAGCUGGUCGGAGGGUGGAAGCUCACCCUGUGCGCUUGAGUGAUGUGUCUGGCCGAUCCAGUGUGUCCAUUGACAAUCCCAUUCCUGGAAGUAUUCCAGCAGAACAGAACGAAGAUGGAAGCUAUCCUAACACGCCAGACGACAAUGAGGGGGAUGGCUAUCCCAACUGCAUAGGCAAUGUUUCUCGUUGGUCAGCCACACCUGGGGGCCGUGCACUCUCUGGCAUCUGCCCAGUGGAAUUGAGCCAGGAGGGGAGCCGUUCCAGCACCCCGAUGGGUGCUCAGGGGUUGGAAGCAUUCCCAUCCCACAUUAGCGAUGUUUCCAAUGGUUCCAGUAUGAGUGGUAGCGGGCCAUCAAUUGAAAGCUAUGCAGCUGAACAGGAUCAUGGGGCAGGGAUGGUGGGCGCACAUCCUGUCUGCGAUGUCUCCAGCCGUGCCAGCACACCAGGAACAGCAGGGAGGCGGGCUUUCCCAGUUCGUCUCAAGCUGACUUCCAGUGGUUGGAGCACCCCAGAAACUGACAGGCAGCAGGUGCAGACCUAUCCUGUGCACUUGAGCCAUGGUGACAGUUGUACCAGCACCCCAGACAUGUCUGGGAGCUUUCCUGCUGUCUACAGUGACGAUGGCAGCCGUCCAAGCACCCCAGCAGGGGGCCCACAACUGGAGAGUCAACCAGUAAGGCUGAGUGACGUCUCAACCAUUUCUGGUGCCUCAGCCAACAAAGGGCUGCCUGAGAGCCUCCCCACAGUGUUGAGCAAAGAGGGCAGCCACGCAGGUAUGUCAGUGGAUAGCCCUCAGCUGGAGGCUGGUGCGCAGUACCUUAGCAAUUUGGCUGUUGUGUCUAGUGGGUUGGCAGAUCUUGUAGCGCAAGGGAGUAUUCCUGUCCAAGUGAGCGAUGGGGACAGCAGGGCAAGCACACCUGUCACCCCUGCGGAGGGACCACAUGUGCAGUUCUGUCAAGUUCGCCUCAGUGACGUUUCCAGUCAUGAUAACUCUCUGGAGAUCCCUGGGAACAUCCCUGUCACAUUGAGUGAAGCUGGUAGCCAUGCCAGUACUCCAACUGGGGUGCCUGAGCUGCACAGUUCCCCAGUGCGACUGGGCGAUUUCUCGACACUGUCUCUUCCAUCUGUAAAUGGGGUAAUUGCAGGGCUGUGUCCAAUUGAGCUUGAUGAGGGAGACAACCAUGCAAGCACACCAGUCAACCUACAUGUGCUGCAAAGUUUUCCCAUCGCAAUUAGUGAGGAUAGCAGUCAUACCAGCACACCAAUUGGCGAACCAAGGAUUGAUGGUGUUCCUAUUCGCUUGAGUGAUGUCUCCAGCAUUUCUGGUGCACAAGCUGAUCGAAGACUGCCUGGACGCUUUCCUUUGGAAUUGAGAGAGGAAGGCAGCGGAGUCAGCACCCCUAUUGCUGGCAGUGAAUUGUGCAAGAGCUUCCCUGCAGCAUCGAGCGACGGCAGUCGGAAAAGCACCUCUGCUGGGCCCACUCAGUUGGAUAGCCACCCUGUGCAGUUGAGCAAUGUCCCAGCUAUGUAUGGUGCAUCAGCAGAUCGUCACCUGCCAGGGAGCUUCCCCAUCGCUGUGAGCAAAGGGGAGAACUGCUCAGGAACACAAGCCAGCCAACCUGUUCUGCAGAGCUUGCCCAUUUUGUGGAGCGAAGGGUGCUGCAGCACAAGCACCCCUAUUGGUGAGGCACAGCAGUUGAGGAUGAGCGAUGUCUACAGUGGGGCUGGCUUGCCGGCUGGUGACAUUACACUGGGCGCCUUGGCUGGUGCUUUGAGGGAGGGGGAAGGGCACUCAAGCACGCCGUUGAGCGUUCAUGGAAUAGAUGGCUUCCCAGUUCAGUUCAGUGACACCGACAGCCAUGCAAGCACUCUGCUUGGCAACCCAAGGGCUGGGACAUUCCAUGAGCGAGGCCGCAGCGAGAGGGGCCGAACAACCUCAAGGAACAACGCAUUGGCAGAUUUCCCACUUGUGUCUGGCUACUAUGCUACUGGUGGUCGUUCUAAAUCUGCAACUCCUCCACCCAGGCCUCCCUCUCCUAGGCUCUUCUUUGGUGAUCGCGAUGGAAUGACGAAUCUGUCCAACAGUCCACUCAACCCUCUUCAGGGGUUCCCAGUGGAGGCUGGCUACUAUGCGCCCACCAGUGAUCAAUACAGUGGGGUGCCAGUGGGCUGUGGUGACAGCUGGCAUGGUUCCAGAACUCCAAUUGGUGGUAACAUGGCCACAUCACCUGCUAGGGGAUCAAGUAUGCCAUCUGUUGGAGGCCACAAGGAACCACAGGGAAUGAAAGGGUCAGAAUUGGGGUCAGAGUUUGAACCUGGAAGUCCUACUGGCAGUGGCAUGCGAGGGACUCACGCCUCAGACGCUGCCCUUGAUGUUGGUUACUUUGCAAUUUCAACAGGUUCGCUUGCUCGAGUCUCCUCCAGAGGUGUUCAGGGCGCAGUUGCCAGCUUUCCGAUUCAAUUGUGUGACACAUCAAGCAGAGCAAGCACACCUUCAAGUGUUCCUGGGCCGGGCAGUCUCUUGGCUCAGUCGAUGGAAGAGGUGGGAAGCCAGUCUGGCACCCCUAUGAGCCCCAGAUUGCUAUCUGUUCAACCUACCGUGGACUCUAACAUAGCCAGCACACCACUGAGCGUCUCAGGUGCAGACUGCCGUGGUACUGGGGUGUCGCCAUCAUCAUCGACUUCGCCUACAGGCAAUAUGCAAGGAUUUUCUAUGAGCUUCAGCGAUGACUUGUCGAGCGUGUCAAGCUUCGGUGGGACCAGCGCGUCUGAAGCUCCUAGUUGGAUGGCAAUUCCGCAGCUUUCAGGUCUUCCAUGA